AUGCCACAUCUGUCGCAUACGUCAUUAAUGAAUCCGCUGGUGAACCCAUUCGUUCCAUCGAACAUUUUAAAUUUGCUGCAAGACGACAUUAAAAGUGAAAAAGCGACAACAAUGCGUCCUUUUCAAAUCUACGAUCCAUUCGAUGCAGUAACAACAUUAUCUGUACCAACAGCCGAUGUUAGCCGUAAAAUUGAACAGUCUUCACCGUCGCAGGUAACUUCCUCUACGUCGGACAUUGAGGUGAUGAACCAACAAAGGAAUGUAAUCGUACGUAAUGAAAAUGUGAAAAAAAAGAAAGAACUUGUUAAAGAUGAAGCUUACUGGGAAAGACGACGAAAAAAUAAUGACGCAGCAAAACGUAGUCGUGAUUCAAGAAGGCAAAAAGAAGAUGAGAUGGCAAUUCGAGCUGCUGUACUGGAGCAAGAGAACAUCAGACUUCGUCUUGAACUGGAACAUCUACGAGCAGAAACCGAACGACUUCGGGUGCUGAUGGUAACGCCUACAAUAAUGCCUCCGCCAGGUCAACCUCAGGUGGUCUCAAGCCCUGGUGCGAUCAUGCACACUCGUCAGGCGGUGCUGCCUCCAUCUCCUUACUUAUGCUCCUCGUCACCUUCUGUACAAUCAGCCUUAUCUGUAACUGUCCAGCCGUCAUAA